CAAAGCUGCAUCCGUCUCUCCACCAAACAGCCCGAGCAACGGGCCCAAUUGACGAUGAACGCCGCGCCCCGAAUUGCGCGAAGCUCCCUGCGGCCUGGCUCGUCGCCAUGGUCCUGCUUCUUUUGCCAGAAUGCGCGCCCGCGCCUGCAGCAGCCCCGCGUCAACCUCAGCCGAAAGGCCUCGAACCAGGCGCCUAGGAACAGCCAACCUCCAAAGCAAUACCCAUCGAUGGACGAGAUCCGAGCGCAUUACGGCCGCAAGAACCGAUCAGUAGCGUACUACACUCUUAGCACGAUUCUCGGAUUCGUCGCCCUCACCUACGGCUCGGUCCCGCUCUAUAAGAUGAUCUGUCAAACCACUGGUUGGGGUGGUCAGCCUGUGCGAGCCCACGGCGGCCCCGGCGGCAACGACGACAUCGACAUCGCGACCCGGGUUGUGCCUGUCAAGGACGCGAAACGUAUCAAAGUGACAUUCAACGCCUCCGUCUCCGACGUCCUCCCCUGGAAGUUCACCCCCCAGCAACGGGAGGUGCGCGUGCUCCCCGGCGAGACCGCAUUGGCCUUUUACACGGCGACGAACACAAGCGAUACGGACAUCAUUGGCGUGGCGACGUACAGCGUGACGCCCGCCCAGUGUGCUCCUUACUUCAGCAAGAUCCAGUGCUUUUGCUUCGAGGAGCAGCGCCUGAAUGCGGGAGAGACUGUCGAUAUGCCCGUCUUCUUCUACCUGGACCCCGACCUGUUGAACGAUUUGAACAUGAAGGGCGUGGAAACAGUGACGUUGAGCUACACCUUCUUCAAAGCGAGGUAUGAUAACAACGGACGAUUCCAGAGACCGGCUUCGCUACUAUAGUCGGCCGAACUGAAAGAAGUGAUGUGUACGAUACGCCCUCCUCUUUAUCAUAUGUAUUUCACGCUAGAAGCCUCAAUUGGCAAAAUAGAAUAUCCUUGGAUAUCCAUGAAGAAACCUACU